AUGGAAAGUCUUGUCAUUGGAGGAGCUAUAAUUGCUGCGGCCAAUGACCACGCGCCUUUGUUGAGGAGGAGGGGAGAACGCACUGGACGCUUUUUAAAUCCCGUGGUCAAGGGAGAUGCAGCCGCGCAGCCGGGAAGGGACAGGUUAUGGGAAGAGAGAAGCAGUGAUAUAAUUAUAAAUUAUAUAUUUAUACUAUACUUUUUUCUGUUUAGUUUGCCUGCUAAGCUCAUCAAUGGAGGAGUUGCUGGGAUCAUAGGUGUUACUUGUGUAUUUCCAAUUGACUUGGUUAAAACUAGGCUACAGAAUCAAAGAAGUGGACAGCAAGUCUACAAAAGCAUGUUGGAUUGUCUAGUGAAAACCUUACGUUCAGAAGGCUAUUUUGGCAUGUAUAGAGGUGCAGCGGUGAACUUGACCCUUGUAACACCUGAGAAGGCUAUCAAACUGGCUGCUAAUGACUAUUUUAGACACCUUCUUGCCAAGGAAGGGGCAGGUCUGUCUUUAUCUAAAGAGAUGUUAGCAGGUUGCGGUGCUGGAGUUUGUCAAGUCAUUAUCACCACUCCUAUGGAGAUGCUAAAAAUCCAGCUGCAGGAUGCAGGGAGACUAGCAUCUCAGCAAAUUGUGAGCCGAGUUUCUUGUUCCACUUCUGGAUGCAAUCUUGUAACCGUGAACCCUAUCCUGACUAGAGCAUACAAUGUAGGACCUGUGGUUACCCCAAGGAAUAUAUCUGCUACCCAAAUAGCAACUGAGCUUCUACAAACUCAUGGCAUCAAAGGACUCUAUAAGGGUCUCGGAGCCACUUUAUUGAGGGAUGUUCCAUUCUCUGUCAUCUAUUUCCCACUGUUUGCCCAUUUGAAUAGAGUAGGACAAGAUUCAUUGGAGGGGAGAACAAGCUUCUUUCACUCUUUUCUUGCUGGGUGCAUAGCUGGCUCAGUGGCAGCUGUAUCUGUGAACCCCUGUGAUGUAAUAAAGACUCGUCUUCAGUCAAUGGGCAAAGGACGAAAUGAGGAGAAUUACAGUGGCAUUGUAGAUUGUUCAAGGAAGAUUUGGAUGAAAGAAGGUCCUUCAGCCUUUUUAAAGGGUGCUAGUUGCAGAGCUCUUGUCAUUGCACCUCUCUUUGGCAUAGCUCAAGUAGUUUAUUUCAUUGGGUUUGGAGAAUUUUUCAUAAAUCUAUUCCAGAAUGGAAAACUGUCCCCAUAGACUUUUAUUCAUUGAAUCUCCUGGAAUAUAAUCACAAGAACUCAACUAUCAAGAAACAAUAGCAGCUCAGUCUAUUGACAACUUUUUUUCUUGUUAUUAAGCAUGAAAAAGACAAAGCCGCGAUAGAGACACCAGUCAUAAAACACCAUCUAAAAUGGGGCAUGUCUGAGUUUAGGAAACAAGAAUUCCAAGAGUGGAAUGAGAAUAAUUACUUUGAAUAAGUGGAAGACUGAAGGAAUAUCUGGGGAAAUGUUUUGUAUAUAUGAAUAGAACAAGAAAAGAAAGAACUAUCUCCGGGGCCAAAUCUUUGCUGAAAUGUUGAAAAGUGAAUUAGACAUUUAGUUUUUCUUGGGGUUCCAUAGAUGCUGUUAAUCUAACCCGCUUGCUGUCUUUCUAGAUGUAUGUUUGCUAGUGUCUCACUCACUUAAUUGGGAACAAAGGUGUAUGAAUUUUUAUAGAUUGUGUUUUUACCUUUACCUACGCUAAAGAAUUUUAUUCCUUAAUACAAAAUAACUUAAUCCAAAUAUUAUGAGCAAAGUAGACUAGUUCCUUAAAUUUAUUAUUUAAAAAGUUAUAAGUCAUUAAUAAAAAAUGGAAAAUUUGCCAUUUAGAAUCAAGUACGGUAUAAUUCAAGACUUCAAAUGGUGAACCAAAGAUAGCUCCAUUGAGAGCAAAGCCAAUCAUUGUUAUGGAAUAAAGGGCCCGUGAGCGGACCAGUUCUUCAUAAUUCCUUUUUGGACAAGGAGGACUUGGAAUCAUCCACAAGUGCUCCAGACAGUUGAUCCUUGUAAGGAUACAGCAAGAGCAUUAUCUGGAAAGUUUUCAGGUCAGAGAGACGCGGAAACACCAUCCUAGCCCAAACCAGAGUAGACUCUCUUAUGAACACAAGACUUGCAAAAUUUGUUUUUUAAUCACUUUUUUGUCAUCUGCUUUUCAGCUAUUAGAAACCUUUGGAACAAUAUGUUUUAUAGCACAAGGUGAAUUUCCUUCAAUCCUUAGUGAAAGAAGUUUUAAAUACAAGUUAUUAAGGACUUUUAAAAAUUCUUUUUUUGGGGGGAAGUAAUCAGCGAAAAGAUGAUUAGAAUGUUGUUUUUUGAAAAUUACAAACAUAAUCCAGAUGGAUUUCAAAUAAAAUUUUGAAAUAAGAAUCCUUCUCAUGGAAAAAUGCUGCUAUCUGAAAUUCUUUUUAUAAAAUGAUAGGAUUUUGAAAGUUUUAUGCUAAAAAAAACCAGAAGGAACUAAAUAUUACAAUUAAAGAUUAAUGCUUAAAUUUUACUUACUAAUACAGAAUGGAGCAAAAUAUUUUCACAUUGGUCAUGUUAAAGGACAUUUGUGAAUAAUAUACCCAGAAGUUUAAAUUUAGAGGUGCUUGUAUUACAGAUAGACUG